AUCAAAGCGUUACAGUAACAGUAACAUCUACAACUACCGUUAGUGCAACAUGCGAAGUUACAGUCCCACCUACUUGCAGUGGAGCAGCUUCAAAACCACUUGAACUUUCUCCUAGAAAUGAUCUAGAAAGACAUUCUCAAAAAAAGCAUAAACGCCAAGAUGGAUCUGGUCCAACUGCCACUGCCACUUGUUAUCAUUAUUAUUUGCAAGCUACGUACUGUCCUUGA